CAGAGUGCCUUGAUUAACAUCAUGUUUUGUUCAUCUCUAUGAAAGGAAUAAAAUGCAACAUGAGAUUUACUGUGUUCAUCUCUAUUACGGGCAAUUUGGUACUGCUUCGAGUUUCUACAUCAAUUGUUGCUGGACGGGAAUGCCCUCAACAUUUUUAACAAACACCAAACUAACCACUUGAAAGAAAGAAGAAGAGCCUCUACUCUCUAGUCUGCUCUCUAAUCUGUCACUUUGCUGCUUCUCCGCCGUCGUCGGCCGCCUGAUCUUCAGAUUCGUCAAUUCCUUUUUUCCAUAUGACCACCGCUCUGACUCCACUUAGUCGGCCGUCCAUCAACCACCCUGCGCCGUCGCCACGUCCGCUCAUCUCUCCACCGACGCUAUCCUCAGUCGCGUUCUCUUACCGCGCGAACAGCUCGGCAGUCUCUCCACUCAGAUUCGCUCGCGGUUACAGCAGUCGGUUCACUUCCCGGCGUUCUUCUCCGACGAUGUCCUCCGCGAAAUCCGUCUUCGAACUCAGCGACGAAUCGGAUUUCGGCAAAAUCGCAACUCCGUCGGGCCUGAUCUCCAUCUGCGGCUUCGGCUCUCUCCUCUCCGAGAGGAGCGCGAGGAGUACUUUCCCGAACUUGACGAACUUCCGAGUCGCGCGAUUGAACGGUUUCCGCCGCGUCUUCGCCCAUGUCGCGCCGAUUUUCUUCGAGCGCGGCAUCGCCAAUUCACAGACAAAGGAGAUCUCAAGCUUGAGCGCGGAGCCAUGCGAGGGCGAGACUCUCAUAGUUACCGUCUUCGAAAUUGAAAACUCGGAGAUUCCUGCUUUCAUGGAGAGGGAGCUUGAGUUCAGAUUUCUAGCUGUUGCGCCCGAAUCGCUCGAUGGCAAGCCUUUCGACUCCCCUGCGGUCCUCUGUGCUCGUUUCAGCGAUGAAGAGUUCUUCCGAAUCAGAUGCAAAGGAAGCAAAGAUAUGUACUUUCAGCAGUAUGGAAAGUACAACAUUGACAGGAUAUGGAGAGACGACAUCUUGCCUUGCAGAGUCUACUUGCGACAUUGUGUGUUGGCAGCGAAGAAUCUUAGUGAGGAAGCUUACGACAACUUCUUGGACCAUACAUUCUUGGGGGAUCGUAAAACGACCAUACGAGACUACCUGGCGACUACCGGUGCAGGGAUCAUGGAAGAGGAGCCUCCAUUGUCACUAAGAUCACGAUACGGUGGCUGAGAAGCUGCCUUGGGAAAAAGCUGUAAACCUCGAUUACAGAAGUCUCGAAAAUUGUACAAUAAUUUGCUUCCUUCUGCCUGUUUGAGAAGGAGCUUAUAUAUCAUUCCUGAUUUCGGCAUGUUUAAUCAAUGAAAGAUUGAAAG